AUGAAAGAAUAUGAAAUGGUGAAGACACGCCAGAUUAAGAAGUUUAUGAAACUCAAAGGUCAGAGAAUGAAGACUGAAAUUCGUCACCCACCUGUGAAUGCAGUAAUUAAUGUAAGUAGCCAACAUCUAGAAAGCUUUGAAGAAGCAAUACUGAACAAAGGUCUCAACUUUGCGACAACCAUCAAGCGUAUUCCAUACUUGGACAUAAUAGCCCCUAUUGAAGAGAUAGCCAUAAACAUACCAAAAGCUCUGGGAGAUGAACUAAGGAGGAAAGUGAGGCAGGUACUAGAAAAAGCAAAACUUCCUAAACCAAACAUCACCAAGGAAGAAAAGUUAGCUAUCAAAAGUGACAAUUCCAUCAUAAUACUGCCUGCGGACAAAGGAAAUGCUACAGUGGUGAUGAAAAACUACUGUGAAAAAUUGGCCAAGUCUUAUAAGUGA